AUGGGAAACCUGGCAGACGAGCUUGCCGAUGCCUUCACCGACUCCAGUGAAGAAGGAGAAGAUGUUGAAUACAGCGACGGACCGAAUGAUGUUCUGUACACCGAAAUUUCUCGACAACAGAUGGCAGCGCCUAACUUGUUAGGGGCUAUGGGAGUGGAUGUCGUUGCAACACCCGUGAGACACCAAUGUCUGGAAUUACCUCCUUCACAGGCUAAGGGAUACUACGAAUCUGUGGUGGAUGGCGAUAGCAGCGAAUACGGCUCUGAGUCAGAUUUGGGUUGCGCUGGUCUGCCGUCCACUCUGGUCGCUACAAUCGAUGGUGUCGAGUCUCUGGUUCAAGUUGGGACCGAGAGCUAUGGACGAGCAGAGGACGAUGUAUUGCGGCGAGUGACAGACGGGCUUCGCGAUCUUGGGUCGCAGUUGAUUCUGGAGACGAACGCCUCAAGACUAAUAACAGCACAUACCGCACUUACCACACACCUUUCACACCAGACUCGCCAACUACAUGGACUGACGUUUCCAUUGUUGUCGCCAUUAGCCGCUGGGCCAGAUAAGGAAACCAUUGAUGACUUGAUACCCUUAUUAGUUUCCCUUACUGACCAGAUGCCGCGGCCCUCCACAUAUGCCUUUAGCUCUCUGACAGCACUUCACUCUAUUACAGCUGAGCUAAUUGAGACUCUGAGCUAUCUUUCGGACACACUACACAUGUCCCGACAAACGACAGCCACUGCGUCGAGAAGAUUGAAAAGCGCAAAGGACUUAGUAUUCGAAAUACGGCGGGAUGAAGAAUUGCGACAAGAAGGGGAGCGGUGGCUCAGUCGGGGUAAUUGGAGCCAGCGACUCGCAAGUCGAGAAUGUGCGAAUGUCUGCGGUGAAGUGAUUGGCGGAUUUGAGGAUGUCUGUGAUAGCUGGCGCCAACGAUUGCUUGCGCAAGCUAAUAGUCAAGCUUAA